AUGACCGACUAUCUCAAGUCAUCCACUGCUCACCUUGAGUGGGAGGAGGCUGGAUUCCUCAAAGCAGAUCAGGGAUUGGGUUUGAUAGGUACCAUUAAGACCCAUUGGAGAGCACUGUUGAUAUGCAGUCUUUCCUUUAGCGCCGGCACGAUGUUCGGCUACGACCAGAUUGUGAACGGCGCUUCGAUCUCUAUGCCGGCAUUUAUGCUUUACUUCGGAGAUCAAGAUGCAUCCGGGCUAUACCUACCAUCGUUGUGGACUGCAUUAUGGACAUCCAUGUCCUCCCUCGCUCAGGCACUCUCGGCUACCGGCACGGGCUUCCUGGCUGACCGCAUAGGCCGUAAGUGGACAGGGGUUAUUGCAGGUAUCAUUGGCUUGGCGGGUGCUGCAGUACAAUAUACUGCUCUCACACGGAGCUCGCUACUUGGUGGCAAGAUUGUCGGGGGACUGGGCAUUGGCAUGGCUAUGUCCACCGGUAUGACAUAUGCCUCGGAGGUCGUUCCUCCAAGGCUUGUCCCUGCUGUUCAACAAGGAUUCGUGGUGUUCAUUCUUAUCAUGCAAGCCGUGGCAAUGGGUAUCAUUCGAGUUUUUGUCACCGACAUGACCGAAAAAGCGUUCCGUACAGUGUUCGCUAUUCAAUUUGGUGUGGGUGGACUUGUCACAAUUGCGUUUGCGAUCGCACCAGAGUCUCCCGUCUACUGUAUUAUUAAACAGCGCGAGGAGGGUGCAAAGAAGCUGUACAGGUGGCUCUAUCGUGACGAUGCAGACCGCGAGGAGCGCUACAACCAUCUGGUGAAGACUAUCGAGGAGGAAAAUUCUCAGCGCGAGGAGAACCAGUCAAGCUACAUUGAAUGCUUCCAAGGAGUAGAUCUCAAGAGAACAUUGACGAUGAUGUUCCUUUUCGGAAUUGUCAAUCUCGGUGGUGGUCCCUUCCUCACGCAGUCGAUCUACUUUCUCAUCUCCGUCGGCCUGCCCACAGUUCACGUUUUCGAUAUUUCCAUUGGCGGCUUCGCACUGGCUAUUAUACUCAUCGUCGGCAGCGGUAUAGUCCUAAAAAAUGUGCGGCGCAGGAACACAUUGCUCUCGGGAUGCAUUGUUAACUUCGUCUUCAACUUGAUUGUUGGGGCUCUUUAUUGGGCCAAUGGAACGGGACCCAAGUGGGCUAUUGCAAUCUUUAUGAAUGUCCUCAUAUCCUUACAGGCCUGUCUCAUGCAAAGUCCCGGUUGGUCAAUUGCAGCCGAAAUUUCCAGUUACCGGCUGCGCGCCAAGUCCAUGUCACUUGGUAUCAUGUCUCAGACAUUCACAACUUGGCUCGUCACAUUUGUGGUGCCUUAUAUGUACAAUGUUGACUCAGGAAACCUGGGUGCUCGUACAGGGCUGGUCUUUGCCGGUGCUACGGUGUUGCUUAUCUGGGGUGUAUGGACCAUAGUUCCAGAUACUACUGGAUUGUCAACGGAGGAUAUUGAUAACCUCUACGAGGCAAAGGUGCCUGCCAGAAAGUUCGCAACUCACAAGUUGGCCAUCACAGCGCCGGAUGAUGCUUGA